AAUAAUACAACAAAACAAAAUCCUUCUUUUAUUUUUAAAUUUUCUAAAUAUUUACAAUAAUAUUAUAAAUCAUUUAAAAUAUAAAUUCAUAUAAAUAAAUACAUAAAUAAAAUAUAUGAAAAUUAAGAUAAUAAAAACCUAUAUACAUACUAUAUUCUCAUAUACAACACUACAAAGUGUAUAAAAUUCGAAAUAAAUACAAAAAAAAAAAACACAACAGAAAAAAAACUCAAGGAUUUGUUGUACCAGCCACAACAGGGAUCGCAAAUAAAAUAAAAAAAUUUGCAUAUUUAUAAAUAAAAUUUAAGCAUUUUUUUUCCAUAUUUUAUUUAUAUUAUGUAUUAUGUAUAUAAAUGUACAUAUACAUAAAUCCAAUAGUACAUAUAAAAAAUAUAAAGAUUAUAAAGACCAACCCGAUAAAUUGAGGGCUUUGAAAAAUUAAGUUUUGAAAAAAAAACCAAAGAAAACCAAACUAAAAAGUGAAAUAAAUGUUAUUAAACUCAAAUUAAAUUUCAAUUAAAAUUUUAUUCGAAAAAAAAAUUGAAAAGAAAAAAAUUUUUAUAAAAUUUAUUUGGAAAAAAAAAUAAAAAAUUUAAAAUAAAAAUUAAAAAAACUAAAAAUAUAAAUUACAAAUGAAAAUAGAUGUUAUAAAAUGAAACUGAAAAAUAUUAAAUUUUAUUAUAUGAAGAUUAAAAAUAUUAGAAUUAAUUUUCGGAAUGAACUCAAUAAUCCUUAUGCUGUUUGGAUUAUUUAAAAUUAUUAAUAGUGAAGACAUUAUGAAAAUAAAUAAAACAAAUACAAUAAUAACACCGACAAACUCUGAAGAUAUUCUGCUUAAUUCGAUUAAUCAAGAACCAUUCUUUGAUAAUACAACUCAACGUGAUAUUGUUGCAGCUGUUGGUCGUAUAGCUGAAUUUCAUUGUAAAGUUAAAAAUCUUGGUGAUAAAUCGGUAUCCUGGAUACGUAAACGUGAUUUGCACAUUUUAACAAUUGGCGUUAUGACAUAUACAAAUGAUCAACGAUUUCAAGCAUUACGCUUAGAUGACACUGAUGAAUGGGUAUUAAAAAUUGUCUCAGUUCAACCGAGAGAUUCUGGUAUCUAUGAAUGUCAAGUAUCAACUGAACCAAAAAUUAGUCAAGCGUAUCAACUUCAUGUUGCAGUUUCAAAAGCUAAAAUUUUAGCUAAUUCCGAAUUGUAUUUUAAAAGUGGAAGUAACAUUAAUUUAACAUGUAUUGCACAACAUGCACCAAAUGAACCCACAUACAUUUAUUGGUACAAGGAUAGUGAACUAAUUAAUAAUUCAGAUCGUGGUGGUAUAAGCAUUUUAACAGAAUAUCUAACAAAACAAAGUAAAUUAGAAAUAGCAAAUGUCCUACCGUCCGAUUCAGGAAAUUACACAUGUAUACCGAGUAAUUCAAAUUCAGAUAGUGUUUUUGUUCAUGUCAUAAAAAAUGAACAUAGAGCAGCAAUGCAACAUGAGCACGCAUCAACAUUACAUGUUCCUGUGACCAUUAUAAGGAUAUUUGGAUUCUAUUAUAUAAACUGCAUGUUAAUACAAAUCAAAAUUUUAGCUAUUAUACAAUAUUUAUUACAACGACUGGUAUAUCUAUUGACAACAAUAAAAUUAAAAUACUUUUACAAUACGAAAAAAAAAUUGAAUCAGCAAACAACAAAAAAUAUCAGGAACGACAUCAUUUGCAGAUAGUAAAGUACACUUUCAUUUUAACAGUAUUAAAAGGGAUUUUUUUGUUUUCAAAUGAAAAAAAAUGAAAUAAAAUUAAAAAAAAAAAAAAUAUUUAAAUAAUAAAAAAAUUUUAGACAAAGAAAAAUAAGGGUAAAUAUAAAUAAAUGAAAAGAAAAAAAAACAUAGGUUUUAAAUAGGUUUAAAAAAAACAUAAAGAAUAAAAAUAAAUAAAAAAAAAAAAUUUUAAAAAUAAAAAAAACUAAAGUUAAAAAUAAUGAAGAACACUAGUAAUAAGUAAAAGAGUACAUACACUUACAUACCAAAACAAAAGAAAUGAAAUAAAAAAAAAGUUUUUUUUUUUUUUUUGUUUAAAUAACAGUAAUAAGAAAAAACAAAAAAUAAUAUUUAUAUAGGUGCAUAAAAUUAGGUAAACUUUUAUUACACUAACUGUAAAAUGUAAAUAAAAAUGAGAAAAAAAAACAGAAACAGAGAAAUAAAAUGAAACCGAACGAAUGAUAGAGAAGAAUAACAUUUCUUUUUUCAUCAUUUUCUCUUCUCUCUUUAUCUGUCACUCUCAAUAGAAAAUACUUGACUUUCUUGAUAAUUUUUUAAUAGGAUAAAAAAGUGCGAAAAUAUUAAAGUAGCUAUACUUUUUUUCCUUCAUAAAUUUUUAAAAAAAUUUCAAAAUGUUCUAAGGGAAAUUGAGUUGUGAGUGCGCCACAACAAUAAAAAAUUAUAAAAUCUCAUUUAUAAAAAUCAAAGGCCUAAUUAUUUGACGAGAAUCGAUAUUGUGUUAUGAAAAUAAUUUAUUGUCCAAAUUUCAGUUCGAUGCAAUAGGCGUAAUAAAUUCAAUUAAAUGGUUUGAAUUUCAUGCAUAUUUUUGUAUUUUGCCGAAAAAAUUUCAAAUUUGAUAUUUUGUUUAAGGUUAUGUCAUAAAUAAAAAAUUUUUAAUGUGUGAGUAUUGAUUAAUUACUUAUACAGAGUAAAAACAAAAAUAUUUUGAUCAGAACAAUAGACCUUAAAGAUGUUUAUUACAUAUCUAUUUUUAUACGGGAAACUUAUAUAUACAAUUUAAUUUUUUCAGAUUUUAGAUUUUCAUAGAAAAUUUGAAAUUAAUCAGUUUGUUUGCGCUUUAUUUGAACAAUUUUAUUAAAAUUUGUAAAAGAGAAUAGAGAAGAGUCAUGUUACAGUACUAUAUAAUUGUAAACUGUCGCCUCUCUUUUAAAAAAACUUUUACAGCAAAAAUAAUAUUAAAGCGAAAAGCAAAUUAAAUCAAUUUUACCUACAUACACAUACACAUGAAUUGAAUUUAAAUUAAGCAUCAUUAUUAUUAAUUUUCUCAGAAUUUACUCUCAAAAAAUAUUGUAAUUUUUCAUCACAUGAUACAAUAUUGUUUACUACUUAUCGAGAGUUGGCAGCUAACAGAUCGUUCACUUAAUAUACAGGCGUGUAAUACACAACAGUAAAAUAAUAAAUAAUUUAUAAAUAAAUUGCAUUUCAGUAAAACUGCAAUCGGCAUGUGAAAAAAGAAAUGUUAAAAAUAUAAUUAAAAAAAUUUUAAAUCAAACAAUUGAAAAAAAAAAAAUAAAAAUAAGACAGAAGAAAAAGUAAACGUGAACUGAGUAAAACUUUAAUGAAUAAUUUCAAAGAAAAUGUAAAAAAUUUUAUUAAAAAAAAAAUUCAAAAUACAAUGAAAUUAAAAAUGUUAAUAAAAUAAAUUAAAAUUAAAAUAAAAUAAAAAAAAAAUCAUAUAAAAUUAAAUAAAUAAAAUACAAGAUUUUUUUAAGUUUAUUUUACGUUCUUUGUAAUUAAAAAUGAAAAAACAAGAGGAGAAAAUAUAUAAGUAGUUAUAUAA